AUGAUUGAUUCAUCAUCAACCAUCAAUGAUUCGGGUGGUGACACUAGUCACACACCAAAUAUAAAUAUGAAUUCAGUCAUUCGACCACGAAUUUUGUUGACGGGUCUACGUCGUUCAGGUAAAACAUCCAUUCAACGUGUUAUUUUCACUAAAAUGCAACCAUCACAAACACAAUUUCUCGAAUCAACGCCUCAUUUAACAAUGAAUCAAUUUUCCUGCGGAUCGUUCAUCAGUUUCCAAGUUCAAGAAUUGCCCGGUCAGUUACAAGUCUUCACCUCAGGACACAAUAGUGGAAUUGAGGGAAACGGUGGCCAAGCAUCUUCAUACGACGAUGAUCCAAUGCAAAGUAUAAUCAGUGGUGGUUAUGACAUGGAACGUUUAUUAAAACGUUGCAAUGCUGUUGUAUAUAUAAUCGAUGCUCAAGAUGAUUAUUCAGAAUCAAUUUUACGUUUAAACACAAUUAUCCAACUGGGUAAACGACUGAAUCCUCGAAUACGCUAUGAAGUAUUUAUACAUAAAGUGGAUCAACUAUCGGACGAAGCAAAAAUUGAAACACAACGAGAUAUUCAUAAUCAGGUACGAGACCGUUCUGCUGAUCAUGUUGGCGGAAUGGAUCUUUGGUCAUCGACGUCCAUAACGCCAAAUUCAAAUCCUCAAGAUAUUCUAAUAAAUUUUCAUUUAACAUCAAUCUAUGAUCAUUCAAUAUUCGAAGCAUUUUCAAAAGUAAUACAGAAACUAAUCCCACAAUUUGGCCACUUAGAACGUUUGCUCAACCUUCUAUUAUCGACAUCGAAUAUUGAACAAGCAUUUCUCUUCGAUGUUCAAACGAAAAUAAGUAUUGCAACUGAUUCAUCGCCUACGGACAUGCAAAUGUAUGAACUGUGCUGCGACAUGAUCGAUCUACUGAUCAAUAUGAGUGAAAUCUAUGGUAAACCCAACAAAAACAAUGCUCGAACAAUACAGGACGAUGAUGACGAUGACGAGGAGUAUAUCAAUGAACGAGGAAAUCUAAACGAUGAUGAUGAUGAUGAUGAAAACGAACAUCAUCAUGAAUGGAAUAUUGAAAGUCAAAAUGAAACUUACAAUGAGAAUAAUGUUCCUUUAAAUGAAAUCAGAAGUAAUUCAUAUGUUAAUAGUCCAUUGAGUACAACCCCAGUGAUAAAUCAUCGUUCAGCGAUGAUCGAAACUACGAGUGAACCAGCAUCAGCCGUAUUCGAUUCGAUGUCAUCAAGUGUAAUUAAAUUAACAGGUGGCCGUGCGCUUUAUCUCAAAGAAAUCAAUCGUCAUCUAGCAUUGAUAUGUAUUCUACGCGAAGAAGCACUCACAAGACAAGCACUUAUCGAUUAUAAUGUCAGACAAUUAAAAAAAUCAAUUAUUAAAUUAUUUCGUUUGAAUAAUCAAUUAUCGCGACCUCCGAUGCCGCCAUCGAACAUUGUUCAAUAA